AUGCAAUUUUCAGCAGUUAUGAAGCAAGUCAAGUCCCAUGUAUCGAGAGUUCAGAAACCAGUUUAUAAGAAUCUGGCGCAGAAAAAGGUUUCUGCAGUGACGUAUCAGUCUUUGUCAAAUCGCCCAUUAUUGCCAAAGUAUGAAAAAAACAUUAGUAUUACCGAUACGAGUAUCGCUACAGAUGCCUCACCAUCGAACUCACCGGAACUCCUGGAAUCAUCAGGAUUGCCAGCAGCAAAAGCACUUGCUCAACUUCGAAGUAGAAUAGCGAAAGGGGACAAGAUCCACCUUGAAGAAUAUUUGAGGAGUAAGCAUUUUGUCUUUAAAGAGGGUAGAGAGGAAAGGUCCAUGGCCUACUUAAAACACGCUUUGGGAUUGGUACUGAGUAAAACACGACCGAUCAUAUCUAUUGAUUGUGAGAGUUAUGAACGACAGCACUCAAAAGUUACAGAAGUAGGUAUUACUGUGUUUGACCCAUCAACCUCUUCUUCCUCGAUGAUUCCACACAUUAAGCCGAUUCAUCUUAUUGUUGAAGAGCAUAUCCAUUUGAGAAAUGGUAGGUACGUUCCUGAUAACAAGGAUUAUUUUUCCAAUGGAACAUCACUAGUGGUGAAGGAAGUUGAUGCUAUCAAAAUUCUAAAGGUGCUUCUUCAAAAGCUUUUGGUUGAGCAAGACGGGAUAUUCAUGGGCCAUGCAGUUUCUGCAGAAGUCAAGUUCUUUAGACUGUUGGGUAUACUGCUUCCCGAAACCAUCAACAAGAUUGAUACGCUUGACUUGGUACGCAUUUCUCGAAAUCAGGGUAGUUUACGUUCUUGUUUGCGUUCUUUGGAUAUACCGCAUGGAUACUUACACAAUGCUGGAAAUGACGCAUACUACACUUUAUUGGCGGGGUUGGGCUUGACUGAUCCUGUUACUAGAAUAAUGAAGAAUAUGGACGUUUACUAUGAGGGUGAAAAGGCAAAGAAAGUCCACCAUGACAGAUCAACGUUUCUUAGAGUGGAUGAUGUUGAUGUAUUAAUAAGCGACUUGUUGUGA